UCCGCCUGUAUUAUCGGCAAUAUAACAAUUAUAAAAAGCCCGAGGACCGUCAUCAUCCCCGCCAACAAAAACCCGAGGCCCUCCGAUUUCUCUCCCUCUCCCCCUCCUCCUCCUCCUCCUCCUCCCUCUCCCCCGCCUCCCUCCCGCUUUUUAAACGCCGGGCCCUGGAAAAGCCAUGAAUUUUGAAUUUGAGAGGGAGAUCGGGUUUAUAAAUAGCCAGCCUUCGCUCGCUGAGUGCCUGACGUCUCUCCCCGCUGUCCUGGAGACAUUUCAAACUUCAUCAAUCAAGGACUCGACAUUAAUUCCUCCUCCUUUUGAGCAAAGCGUCCUCCAAAGCCUCAGCCCUUGUUCCGGCAGCCGGGCGAGCCCGAGGAGCCCCAGCCGAGCCCCCCAUGGCCCGGCCCGGCCCCCGGCCCAGCCCGGCCCCCGGGCAGCGCAGUUCCCCUGGAUGAAGGAGAAGAAAUCGUCCAAGAGGACCAGCCAGGCUCCGUCCCCACCAUCCUCCUCCUCCUCCUCGCUGCCGGUGCCCGCCGCGGGAUCCCCCGCAGAGGCCGCGGGGCUGCCGGAGAGCGGCGGCUCCCGGCGUCUCCGCACCGCCUACACCAACACGCAGCUGCUGGAGCUGGAGAAGGAAUUCCACUUCAACAAAUACCUGUGCCGGCCGCGGCGCGUGGAGAUCGCGGCGCUGCUGCAGCUCACCGAGCGCCAGGUCAAGGUGUGGUUCCAGAACCGCCGCAUGAAGCACAAGAGGCAGACGCAGCACAAGGAAGAGCCCGUUUCGGCCGGCCGCGACGAAAGCGGCGAGGCCGAACGCUGCCCCGCGUUGGGCGCCACUGAGGAGAGCGCGGCGCCCGAGCUGGGGGCGUUCGCGGCCGAGCCGUGCCCUGAGCUCGCCCGGGGGUUUUCUCCUGCCGCUGAGGGGUCUCUGGGGAGCCCCCUGCGCUUCUCCGAGGAGGAGCUGGAGUUCUUCAGCAGCGCGCUCUGCACCAUGGACCUGCAGGAUUUGGAUUUUCCCUAGCGGGGGGACGCGCUCCUGCUCUGCCCCGAGGGUUUGGGGAGGGUCAGCCUGGGAGCAGACACUGCCAGCACCCCGAAAUCUGGCCUGAGAGAAGGGGAACCCCCAAAAUUUGGCCUGAGAGAAACUGAACCCCCAAAAUCUGGCCUAAAAGAAGAGGAAUCCCCAAAAUCUGGCCUAAAAGAAGGUGAACCCUCAAGAUCUGGCCUGAGAGAAACUGAAUCCCCAAAAUCUGGCCUGAGAGAUGGUGAACCCCCAAAAUCUGGCCUGAGAGAAGGACAACCCCCAAAAUAUGGCCUGAGAGAAGGGGAACCCUCAAAAUCUGGCCUGAGAGAAACUGAUUCCUCAAAAUCUGGCCUAAAAUAAGAGGAACCCCCAAAAUCUGGCCUGAGAGAAGGUGAACCCCCAAAAUCUGGCCUAAAAGAAGGGGAAAACCACAAAUCUGGCUCAAAAGAAGGGGAAACCCCAAAUCUGCCCUAAAAUAUGGAGAAUCCCCCCAGUCUGGCCUAAAAGAGGAGGAAAAUCUCAAAUCUGCCCUAGAAGAAGGGGAAUCCCCCCAAAAGAAGGGGACCCAUCCCAAAACCCGUGCUAGAAGAAGGGGAACCCCUCCCUCGCAUCCCAGCCGGAAUUUUGGGGCCACCAGCCACUGCCCACACCCCAAAAUCUGCCAUAAAAGAAGGGGGAAACUCCAAAUCUGGCCUAAAAUAAGGGGGAAACCCCAAAAUCUGCUCCAAAAGAAGGGGAACCAUCCCAAAAUCUGCGCUAGAAGAAGGGGAACCCCCAAAAUCUGCCCUAAAACAAUGGCCCGUACCCCAAAAUCUGCCCUGAAAGAAGGGGGAACUCCCAAAGUCUGGCUUAAAAGAAGGAGAACUCACCCCAAACUCGGCAAUAAAAGAAGAGGAACCCCCCAAAAUCUGCCCUGAAAAAAAGUGGAACCCCCCCAAAUCGGCCCUAAAAGAAGGGGAACCCCCAAAAUCAGCCCCAAGCCAUUUCCCAUCCAGUCGCCUCCUCCCACUUCCGUUUGGAAGCUCCAAACCCCCUCCCAAUAUUUAUUCCAGAAGGUGAAAGAGCCGCCCGAGUUUUGCUAAAAUUCAGGUAUUUCCUGAUGGUUUUAUUUAUUUUUUCCCUCCCUUAUUUAUUUCCAAGGAAGCAGCCGGUAGUUCUCACUCACGGGGGCGAUUUCAGCCCCUCGAGAGAAAAAAUAAAUUAAAUUUAUAAAUCCUCCUCCCCAGCGACUUUCUCAGGAAUCAGAAGGAGACUUUUAGAUUUCGUAAUAAAAUUUUAAAAAAUAAAAUAAAUAAAAAAAUCAGGGGAAUUUUCCUUCCUCUUUUUACGUUUUAGAUGUAGAUUAUUUAUUCAAAUCCUUUCGUAGCAAAGGGCAAAUUAUUUAUUGUAUAUUAUUUUCAUAGUGUAAAUAAACGUCUUUAUAAAAGCGACCAACGUGUUUGCUCUGGAUUUCACUCCAAAAAAGCGCGCUUUUUUUUUUUUUUUGUUUUCCUCCAUAAAUCAUUCCUUUUUCCCCUGCUUUGUAAUGAGGUUUAAUAAUCUCCUCGUGUUCCCUGAGAGGAGACAAAAGAAAUCGCUCCCAAGCAACAAUUCCAGAGGAAAUAUUCCCUCCAUCCUGGUUUCAUUUCCCUCCAGCUUGGUGUUUAUUUAUUUAUCCAUUCAUUUAUUUAUUGUGUUCAAUUAAAGUCGGGUGGUUCUUUCUUAAUUUUAGCAUUUUUGGGGUUCUGCUUCUAGGACGGGAAAAAUCCUCUAAUUUAAGGGAAAAAAAACCCCGAAAAAAAACCCAAAUAAAAACCCUAAAAAAGGGGAUAAAGGGAUGGGAAAACAACACAAAGGCAGCGCGGAGCCCACGCGAAUUCCGGGGCCA